UUUCUCCUUCCUCAAGCUAUAACCCUUGACCAACAACCUCCUCAGCCGCCGGGAAAAAAAAAAUAUCCACGUGUCCGGCCACCACCAAUUCCAUAACUACACAUUUAAUCUCCAGUACACGUGAAAAAUGGAGCUUCUUCAUUUCACCGCCGUUAAACCAUUAAACUCCUACCUCCGUCCCGAAUUCACGCCGUCAAACUCCGUCAUUAUCCCCAUUAAUACCUCCGUAACAAGGAAAACAAAAAAAAAGACAUCUAUUCGUGCUAAGGCAACGGAGAUCUUAUCAUCUCCAACUUCUACCGUAACGGAACCGUUACCGGCGUCACCGGUAACGGCACCUUCGGCUCCGUUAUUGCGAGUUUCUCCGAGCGAGUUGGAGUGUGAACCGGUUUACUUGAUACCGAAUACUCCGGUUUUAGGUACUGGUGGUGUGGUUGGAUACGAGUAUUUGACGAACAUUUUGUCGUCGAAAGUGUAUGAUGUAGCUUAUGAGACGCCUUUACAGAAAGCGCCUAAGCUGUCAGAAAGGCUUGGAGUUAAUGUGUGGCUUAAAAGAGAGGAUCUUCAGCCUGUCUUCUCGUUCAAAAUCAGAGGAGCUUACAAUAUGAUGGCAAAACUGCCUAGGGAGCAGUUGGAAAGAGGGGUUAUAUGCUCAUCAGCUGGAAACCAUGCACAAGGUGUUGCAUUAUCCGCUCAGAGACUCGGCUGUGAUGCUGUGAUUGCCAUGCCUGUUACUACACCAGACAUUAAAUGGAAAUCAGUUAAGAGAUUGGGUGCCACUGUUGUUCUAGUGGGGGACUCAUAUGAUGAAGCUCAAGCAUACGCCAAAGAGCGGGCCGAAGCUGAAGGCCGCACAUUCAUCCCUCCUUUUGAUCACCCAGAUGUCAUCAUAGGGCAAGGUACAGUCGGAAUGGAGAUAAAUCGCCAACUCAAAGAAAACAUUCAUGCAAUCUUUGUGCCUGUUGGAGGAGGAGGUCUUAUAGCUGGUAUUGCUGCUUAUUUGAAGAGGGUUGCCCCUGAUAUAAAGAUUAUUGGAGUUGAACCCCUUGAUGCAAAUGCAAUGGCAUUAUCAUUGCAGCAUGGUCAGAGAGUAAUGCUGGACCAAGUUGGGGGUUUUGCAGAUGGUGUAGCUGUUAAAACGGUUGGUGAAGAAACUUAUCGUAUCUGCAAGGAAUUAAUAGAUGGCGUAGUCCUAGUUGGUCGUGAUGCUAUAUGUGCAUCUAUAAAGGAUAUGUUUGAAGAGAAAAGAAGCAUACUAGAGCCUGCAGGUGCACUUGCUCUUGCUGGAGCUGAGGCAUACUGCAAGUACUAUGGCCUGAAGGGUGAAAACGUAGUAGCAAUAACUAGUGGAGCCAACAUGAACUUUGACAGACUUAGAUUGGUAACUGAACUCGCAGAUGUUGGUAGACAGAGGGAAGCUGUUCUUGCUACUUUUAUGCCAGAAGAGUCAGGGAGCUUCAAAAAGUUCGCUGAAAUGGUAGGACCAAUGAAUAUCACUGAAUUCAAGUACAGAUACAAUUCUGAUAAAGAAAGAGCUCUAGUACUUUACAGUGUUGGUCUUCACACAAAAUUAGAACUUGAAGGAAUGGUGGAGAGGAUGGAAUCAGCAGAUCUGCAAACCAUUAAUCUUACAGACAAUGAUUUGGUCAAAGAUCAUCUACGGCAUUUGAUGGGUGGUAGAACAAAUGUUCAUGAUGAGCUUUUGUGUCGAUUCACUUUUCCCGAGAAGCCCGGUGCUCUGAUGAAGUUUUUAGAUGCUUUCAGCCCGCGUUGGAAUAUAAGUUUGUUUCAUUAUCGUGCACAGGGAGAUACUGGUGCAAAUGUGCUAGUCGGGAUCCAAGUUCCACAGGAUGAGGUAGAUGAGUUCCAGGGACGGGCAGACAGUCUUGGUUAUGAAUAUGCAGUGGAGAGUCUCAAUGAGGCAUUCCAGAUCAUAAUGCAUUGAAAAAUGUGCUGUAUGUUAUGGCUUGUUCUGGGAUCUAGUUGCUGAGACACUACAAAGAAAAUAAAGUGGUAUUCGCCGACUUCACUUUCGCCUGGUUAGUCAGAUCAUUCUGAAUCCUCCUUGUCAAUGGAAGAUGGUUGUUUCAUAGACCAAGUGUACUAGAUAAUUUUGGGCUAGUCUUUAUCUUGUGUAUAUAGCUAUUUGUAAGUUAUCUAAAGGCCUCUAGUUCCAUGAACAAACCAUUUCACUUUAAAGCUAAUUUUAGGAGUUGUCUCUUGCGUUUCAACUUUGGUCUUCAAUCCCAACUUCAUCAUGUGUUUCGAUUAAAAAGGUUUCUGUUUUA